GCGCGAGCAGGGACGCUGGUCGCCGCUGCGAUGAGAAGCUCCUUUCCGAAGCCGAUCCUACAUCAAGAAUGAAAGGCGAGUCUUUGGCAAAAGCAUAACCUUGCUUGGAGAAUGACCAGUCUGAUCCCGUGCCACUCUAGACUUCACAAGAAAAGUAGAAUGUUUCACAGCCUUCCUAAUACCCCUGAAUCUCUCAAGUCAUCAAAGGCGUGUGUGCUGAAAGGAGAUCACAUAUUUUUUUGAACAACAUAGAGCUCUGUGCCAUGGUUGGUUCUCAUCACUGACAGGAUCUAAGGAAUAUUUGUCAAAGGUGCUUGGAAUGACCCUCACUGGAUCGCACUGUCAAUUAAAUUCAGGGACCUUGCUGGUCUCAAUUACUUUAUGUAUUUGAUGUUAAAAAUGCUGUGAUGAUCUUUUCAGACUUUUCUAAAUAUAAUGUAAGCUUCAGCUGUUUGCAAAGGGAAAUGGAGGGUUUACGGACCUUACCAUGCAGCCUGCAUUUGACAGUUGCCACAACCUGCAGUGGUCCACAGUAACCAUGUGACUUUAGCUUGCUGUUUGUACAGCCUUAAGAGGCAUCCUGAGGAGGAAUUCCCUGCCAACUCCUGAGCUUUCUGUAACGCAGGGCAUUUGCCAAGUAUUGCCAUGAUGUGUGAGGUAAUGCCUACCAUCAGUGAGAGUGACCCCUUGGGGUCACAGCCAGGCUCUGAUUCUGAUGCCAACUUUGAACAGCUGAUGGUGAACAUGCUCGAUGAAAGAGACAAGCUGCUAGAGACGCUUCGGGAAACGCGUGAGACUCUGUCUGUGACUCAGGGCCGGCUACAGGAGACCUUGCAUGAGCGAGACCAGUUGCAGAGGCAACUGAAUUCUGCUCUACCUCAGGAAUUUGCAACGCUGACCAGGGAACUCAAUGCAUGUCGAGAGCAGUUGUUGGAGAGGGAAGAAGAGAUCUCCGAGUUGAAAGCAGAGCGCAAUAACACAAGGCUUUUGCUGGAGCACCUGGAGUGCCUGGUCUCAAGACACGAACGCUCUCUGAGGAUGACUGUGGUGAAGCGGCAAGCGCAGUCUCCAUCCGGUGUCUCCAGUGAAGUUGAAGUUCUAAAAGCCCUGAAAUCUUUGUUUGAACAUCAUAAAGCACUGGAUGAGAAGGUGAGAGAGCGCCUACGGGCAGCACUAGAACGAGUAGCUACACUAGAAGAACAACUAUCCAGUGCCCACCAGCAGGUAAGUGCUCUUCAGCAAGGCACCUCCCAGAGGGAAGCACCUGUGGGAGAAGAUGACAAAAGGACUGAGGGCAAAGAACCUGGGCAGAAGAUACUUUGGAAGAGACUCCCUAAUGGCUCUAUACACCCAGAUGAUGAGGCAAGUCGGGCUGUGGAACUGCAGGAACUUCUGGAGAAGCAAAACUUCGAGCUAGCGCAAGCGAAAGAACGAAUAGCCACUCUGGCUGCCAGUGUUGCUGAGCUGGAAGAAGAUCUAAGCACAGCUAGGAGGGACCUAAUCAAAUCAGAAGAAAUGAGCAGCAAGUACCAGAGGGACCUACGAGAGGCUUUGGCACAGAAAGACGACAUGGAGGAGAGGAUCACCACCCUGGAGAAGCGCUAUCUGGCAGCCCAGAGAGAAGCCACUUCCAUUCAUGACCUCAAUGACAAACUGGAGAAUGAGCUGGUCAAUAAAGAGUCUCUCCAUCGCCAGUGUGAAGAGAAGGCACGGCACCUCCAGGAACUUCUAGAGCUGGCAGAGCAGAAACUGCAGCAGACAAUGCGGAAAGCUGAGACGCUGCCUGAGGUGGAGGCUGAGCUGGCCCAAAGGAUAGCAGCACUCACCAAGGCAGAGGAAAGACAUGGCAGUAUUGAAGAGCGACUGCGGCAGCUGGAGACCCAGUUGGAGGAGAAGAACCAAGAAUUGUCAAGGGCCCGUCAGCGGGAGAAAAUGAAUGAGGAACAUAAUAAACGGCUGUCUGAUACUGUGGAUAGAUUGCUGAGUGAGUCCAAUGAGCGGCUUCAGCUUCACCUGAAAGAGCGGAUGGCAGCCCUUGAAGAGAAGAAUACGUUGUUGCAAGAACUGGAAAAUACCCAAAAACAGAUUGAGGAGCAGCAGCAUGACAAGAGAAGGCUGUCAGAUGAAAUUGACAAAUUGAGAUUAGAAAUUGACCAGUUAAAGACACGAAGUGGAUCUUUUCUUGACAGUGUACAUACAAGAUCUUUGGUUGGAAGCACUCCAGACCUCAGGUAUCCCCUGAGCACUAUGGUCCAUGCAUCAGCAGAACCCUUUGGAACACCCUCCAGCCUUCACCGGGUGCCAAAGAGCCGAUUUGCAGCUCUGCGGGAAGAACCCUCCAAGGACUGGGAGCUUUCCCAGCCAAGUGGGGUCCUGGCCACUACAGCUCACACCUUUGACAGUGACCCAGAGAUCUCUGAUGUUGAUGAGGAUGACCAGGAGACAGUCUUUAGCUCUAUGGACAUGCUAUCUCCCAGUGGGCACUCUGAUGCCCAGACCCUCGCCAUGAUGCUGCAAGAACAGCUGGAUGCCAUCAAUGAGGAGAUCAGGAUGAUCCAGGAGGAGAAAGAAUCAACCGAGCUGAGGGCUGAGCAGUUGGAGAGCCGCGUCACCAGUGGUAGCAUGGAAGCCCUGAACCUAACACAGCUACGCAAGAGAGCGUCCAUCCCCACCUCCCUAACUGCCCUGUCCUUGGCCAGCUCCUCUCCUCCUGUCAGUGGGCGCUCUACUCCCAAGCUCACCUCUCGCAGCACAGCACAGGACCUCGACCGAAUAUGCAGCAUGACCCUGCCCAGUGACUUGAGGAAACAUCGGAGAAAGCUACUUUCACCAGCUGGUCGAGAUGAGAGUCGAGAAGAUAAAACCACCAUAAAAUGUGAGACCUCUCCUCCUUCCUCACCCAGGACCCUGCGGCUGGAGAAGUUUGGACAUCCUGCUCUGAGUCAGGAGGAAGGCAAGAGUUCUUUGGAGGACCAAGCAAGUAACCCUAGCAGCAGCAACAGCAGCCAGGAUUCUCUGCACAAAGGCUCCAAGAGGAAAGGCAUCAAAUCCUCUAUUGGGCGCUUGUUUGGAAAGAAAGAGAAAGGACGCUUGAUCCAACUGAGCAGAGAAGGCGCUACUGGGCAAGUUAUACUGACAGAUUCGGAGAUCAAUAUACAGGACUCUCUUGGUCUUGGUAAGCUAGGAGCUCAAGCCGAGAAAGACCGACGGCUCAAAAAAAAGCAUGAGCUUUUGGAAGAUGCUCGAAGAAGGGGCAUCCCUUUUGCUCAGUGGGAUGGCCCAACUGUAGUCUCCUGGCUAGAGCUUUGGGUGGGCAUGCCUGCCUGGUACGUUGCAGCCUGCAGAGCCAAUGUGAAGAGUGGUGCCAUCAUGUCUGCUUUGUCGGAUACAGAGAUACAGAGGGAGAUUGGCAUUAGUAAUGCUCUUCACCGAUUAAAAUUGCGUUUGGCAAUUCAAGAAAUGGUGUCGCUAACCAGCCCUUCAGCUCCACCCACCUCAAGAACAUCAUCUGGAAAUGUCUGGGUUACACAUGAAGAGAUGGAAACUAUGGCAACUUCAACCAAAACGGACACUGAGGAGGGCAGUUGGGCACAGACACUGGCAUAUGGGGACAUGAACCAUGAAUGGAUAGGAAAUGAAUGGCUUCCUAGUCUAGGUCUCCCACAAUAUCGCAGCUACUUCAUGGAGUGUCUUGUGGAUGCACGAAUGUUGGACCAUUUAACUAAGAAAGACCUUCGAGUGCAUCUGAAGAUGGUGGACAGUUUUCAUCGAACAAGUUUGCAGUAUGGUAUUAUGUGCCUGAAGAGACUGAACUAUGAUAGAAAGGAGUUGGAGAGGAGGCGGGAAGAAAGCCAGCAUGAAAUCAAAGAUGUGUUGGUCUGGACCAAUGAUCAAGUAAUUCACUGGAUUCAAUCCAUUGGACUAAGAGAAUAUGCCAACAACAUCAUUGAAAGUGGAGUCCAUGGAGCGCUCAUAGCUUUGGAUGAAAAUUUUGAUUAUAAUAGUCUGGCUCUUGUGUUACAAAUACCCACUCAGAACACUCAGGCACGACAAGUGAUGGAGAGAGAAUUCAACAAUCUGCUUGCCUUGGGCACUGAUAGGAGGCUUGAUGAUGGUGAUGACAAGAGUUUUCGGCGAACCCCCUCCUGGCGAAAGCGUUUCCGCCCCCGAGAGUUUCACAGCAUCAAUAUGCUCAGUGGGUCAGCAGAGACGCUCCCAGCAGGGUUCCGAGUCACCUCCUUGGUGCCCCUGCCCCCUCCUUCAGCACCACCGAAGAAAAUGCCACCAGAAGCACAUUCCCACUACUUAUAUGGUUAUACACUGGCUGCUUUCCGGGAGUAGGCCAGAGGCCAGACUAUGCUUGCUCCUUGGCUCCAAAGAACAGAAGCUACAGGCCAACCAUUUCAGGCCACUUGGCCAAAAGGACACUCUUCCUCCUGCUUGUACACAAUGCCCCCCCCCUCCGGUCUCCUGUUUGGUGUCCUUAAACCCCAGUUAUAUCUGUGGCUUCCCAUUUAUACCUCCCCCUUCCCUUGGCUUUAGACACACUCUCAUUGAGAGAAAGAACAGGCUUUUCUAUCCCCAAGUCUGUCCUGUGUGUGAUGCGGUGAUGUUGACGUAGGUCUGGUAAGACGUAGAAGGCACCUUAAUGCUGGCCUGCAGCAGUUCCUGUACCAUGAUCGGCCUGUGCUUCAUUUUACCAAUAUGCCUGAGAGCAGCAGCGGCUGCUUGUUCCUGCCAUACAGCUUGGACCCACUGAGACAAUCGCCAAGGAGAUGAGACAAUGAGGAUAUGGGAAAGUCCAGUUCGGAAAUCUCCCCCAGGCACACCAGGCUUCUGCUGGGGCUCCCCACCAUGCCACAGGUAAUGAGGAGCUUCUGCCCACGGACAGUAUUGGUCCUCAGAUCAGAAAGGGCCAGGGCUGGAAAGAGCAUGGGUUAGUGCUUGAUGGAAGGAGAGGGAGGUGAGCUGCCACGCAAGUUUGGAUGUCUUCCAGGUCC